UCCCCCAAUCAUUGCAGGGGAGAUUUGCAUAUGCAAACCGGACCCGAGCCGGCUGCUCCGCGGCUGGCACCUGGCGGGAGGAAGCGAGAGCUCGCCCCGCCCCGCCCCGCCCCGCCCCGGCCGCAAAGCACCCUGGGAAGAGCCAGGGGCUCCGCCCCUUCCAGGCGCGCUGAGCAGACAGCUGUCAGCGCCGAGCACGCGUGUGCGGACAGCGGCACUCGCCCCGCCGGUGCUGGGACCUGAGCAGAGCAGGUCAGCAGCCUCCAGAGGAAGGGCCUGUGAACCUGGAGCCGCAGAGACCCUCCCCAGGGAGACGGGGACAGAGCGGCUCCCUGACACCUGGGCCGGGCCAGCUGCAAGAGGGGCAGGGCAGGCCGGUGAAGCAGGGGCAGAGCAUGGAGCUCCAGGAGGUGUUUGAGGACGUGGCAGUGUAUUUCACACGGGAGGAGUGGGAGCUGCUGGAAGAGGAAGACAAGGGGCUUUAUCGGGACCAGAUGCUGAGGAACUACCAAGCCCUCAUUUCCCUGGGAUAUCGAGGCCCUACCCCUGACUUGAUCUGCUGCAUCCAGCGAGGACAGGUCGAGCUCUGGGUCUGUGGUGAUGAGGACCGUGGGGCAAUCUCGAGGUCGGAGGACGUGCUGCCAGGACAUGCCUGGUUGCUCAACAGAACCGAGGAGCAGGCUCCUGAGGAAGGGACUGAAAAGCUGAAGGCACCAUGGACUUCCCUGGGGAGUAUGGGUGAGGUGGAUUCCCUGAGCCCAGAGAAGGACGAAUGGCUCAAGGGUCAGGGGAUGCCCCAAAAUCCGGAGAAUGUAGCAGCGAAGCAGGUCCCAUCUCUAUUUGGGCAUUGGAGUGAAGAAGGGAAACAAGCCCGAAACAGCCUGAGGUGCAGGGAUGAAAAUGUCAUGCUAAGACACCAGAAGAGGCAGAAAGGAAAGGCCCACUGGAGAGAGACACUGCAUGCAAGGCAAGGCAGUGUGGGAGGCUUCAGAGGGAAGCAGCAGCCCACCACCAAGCGCAGGGGGAGAGCCCACUCCUGCCCUGAGUGCAGGAAAAGUUUUAGCUGCCCCUCGCGCCUGGCUCUGCACAAGAUAAAGCAUGCUGGCGAGAAGUCCCAUGUACGUGCCACGUGUGGGAAGAGCUUCACCUGCCUCUCUGUGCAGAGGAGGCAGCUGCCACACGGCUGCACAAGUUGUGGGAAGAGCUUCAGGCAGCCCUCCAGCCUGGCCAGGCACAGGUGCAUGCACACAAGGGAGAAGCGUCAUCCUUGCUCUGUGUGUGGGAAGAGCUUCAUCUCCUUGUCCAAACUGGCUCGACACCAGCUUACCCACACGGGGGAGAAGCCACAUAAGUGCUCUGAAUGUGGGAAGAGCUUUGCUCAGUCCUGCAACCUGAGCAAGCACCAGCGUAUCCACACAGGGGAGAAGCCAUAUCACUGUUCUGUGUGUGGGAAGAGUUUCACCUACUCCUCCGACCUGGCCCGGCAUCAACUGAUCCACGAGCAGGCAAAGCCACGUCAGUCCUCUGAGUGUGGGAAGCACUUCACCCAUUAUGGCAACCUGACCCAGCACCAGGGCAUCUGCACCGGGGAGAAGCCACAUCAGUGCUCUGUGUGUGGGAAGAAUUUCACCUGGUCCUCCGACCUGGUCCGGCAUCAGCUGAUCCACACAGGGGAAAAGCCACAUCAGUGCUCUGAGUGUGGGAAGAGCUUUGCCCAAUCCUCUUCCCUGAAUGUGCACCAGCGCAUCCACACUGGGGAGAAGCCACAUCACUGCUCUGUGUGUGGGAAGAGGUUCACCCAGUCCUGGAACCUGACCAAGCACCAGCGCAUCCACACAGGUGACAAUCCACAUCAGUGCUCUGUGUGUGGGAAGAGUUUCACCUCGUCCUACAGCCUGGUCCAGCAUCAGCUGAUCCACACGGGGGAGAAGCCACAUCACUGCUCUGUAUGUGGGAAGAGUUUCACCUACUCCGUCUACCUGGUCCGGCAUCAGCUGAUCCACACUGGGGAGAAGCCACAUCAGUGCUCUGAGUGUGGGAAGAGUUUCACCUGGUCCUCUGCCCUGGUCCGGCAUCAGCUGAUACACAAGGGGGAGAAGCCACAUCAGUGCUCUGAGUGUGGGAAGAGUUUCACCUGGUCCUCUGACCUGGUCCGGCAUCAGCUGAUACACAAGGGGGAGAAGCCACAUCAGUGCUCUGAGUGUGGGAAGAGCUUCACCCUUUCCUCCUCCUUGACCGUGCACCAGCGCAUCCACAAAGGGGAGAAGCCACUUCACUGCUCUGUGUGUGAGAAGCGCUUCAGUUAUUCCUCCGAGCUGGCCAAGCACAAGCGCAUCCACACAGGAGAGAAGCCAUAUCAGUGCUCUGAGUGUGGGAAGAGCUUCACCCAAUCCUCCGGCCUGGCCCAGCACCAACGCAUCCACACAGGGGAGAAGCCACAUCAGUGCUCUGAGUGUGGGAAGAGCUUCAGUUAUUCCUCCGAGCUGGCCAAGCACAAGCGCAUCCACACAGGAGAGAAGCCGUAUCAGUGCUCUGAGUGUGGGAAGAGCUUUAGUUAUUCCUCCCACCUGGCCCAGCACAAGCGCAUCCACACAGGGGAGAAGCCAUAUCAGUGCUCUGUGUGUGGGAAGAGCUUCGCGCGAUCCUCCCACCUAGCCCAGCACCAGCACAUCCACAAAGAAGAGAAGCCGCGUCAUUGCUCUUACUCCUGCACCCGGCCCCAGGGCCUCCACCAGCUGCACAUCCCACAAGUGGGAGUGCCCGUGCCUCUGAUCCCAGCAGACGUGCCAGAGCGAACUGAGGAGGAAAGUCUCCCCCGUGAGCACGCCUGGCACGAGUCCGCGACGGCAUUUCUACACUGCCUCGUGUCGUCCAGACCGGAGCCAGUCCAGCACCGAGAGCUGUGGGGGCAGGACGCGACGCAGGCCAUGCAGCCCCCUUGCGAGGCCGAGCUGCCCUCCGCGACCCCACAGCUGGCAGCGCGGGAUGAGCUCCCCACCCCAGAGCCCUGGCGCCAGCUCUUCCGUGGCCUGCGCUACCGGGAAGACGAGGGCCCAGGGAAGAUUUGCAGCCGCCUGCGGGAGCUGUGCCGGCGCUGGCUGGAGCCCCAGCACCGCAGCAAGGAGCAGAUGCUGGAGCUGGUGGUGCUGGAGGAGUUCCUGGCCAUCCUGCCCCCGGAGAUGCGGAGCUGGGUGUGCGGGUGCCGCGUGGAGACGUGUGCCCAGGCCGUGGCCCUGGCCGAGGGGUUUCAGCUGGGGCAGGCGGAGGACGAGAAGCUCCAGGUCACGGCGCGUGUGAAGGUCGAGGAGGGGUCGUCGGACCAGAUGCAGCCCCCGCGGGCCCUGCCGGAGCCUGGUGAUUCCUGGGGGCAGCAGCCAAAUGCCCAUGGUGAGGACAGGCUUCUGGAGGAGGCAGGAGAGCGGGAAACCCCAGGGCACGAGGAUGAACUGCCCCAUGUCCCCAAAGAGGAGCCCCUGCCCAACCCGGAGCCAGGUGCUGGGACCCUGAGCAGAGCGGAUCAGCAGCCUCCUGAGGAAGGGCCUGUGAACUUGGAGCUGCAGAGACCCUCCCCAGGGAGACGGGGACAAAGCGGCUCCCUGACGCCUGGACCGGGUCAGCUGCAGGAGGGGCAGGGCAGGCCGGCGAAGCAGGGGCAGAGCAUGGAGCUCCGGGAGGUGUUCGAGGACGUGGCAGUGCAUUUCACACGGGAGCAGUGGGAGCUGCUGGAAGAGGAAGACAAGGGGCUUUACCGGGACCAGAUGCUGAGGAACUACCAAGCCCUUGUUUUCCUGGGAUAUCGAGGCCCUGCCCCUGAACUGAUCUGCCGCAUCCAGGGAGGACAGGUCGAACUCUGGGUCUGUGGUGAUGAGGACCGUGGGGCAAUCUCGAGGUCGGAGGACUUGCUGCCAGGACAUGCCUGGUUGCUGAGCAGAACCGAGGAGCAGGGUCCUGAGGAAGGGCCUGGAAAGCUGGAGCCACCAUGGGCUUCCCUGGGGAGUAUGGGUGAGGAGGAUUCCCUGAGGCCAUCGAAGGACCAGUGGCACAAGGGUCAGGGGAUGCCCCCAAAGCAGGAGAAUGUAGCAGUGAAGGAGGUCCCAUCUCUAUUUGGGCAUUGGAGUGAAGAAGGGAAAGAAGCCCGAAACAGCCCAAGGUGCAGGGAUGAAUAUGUCUUGCUGAGACACCAGAAGAGGCAGAAAGGAAAGGCCCACUGGAGAGAGACACUGCAUGCAAACCAAGGCAGUAUGGGGGGUCUCAGAGGGAAGCAGGAGCCCACUACCAAGUGCAGGGGGAGAGACCACUCCUGCCCUGAGUGCAAGAAGAGUUUUAGCUGCCCCUCACUCUUGGCUCUGCACAAGAUAAAGCAUGCUGGGGAGAAGCCCCAUGUACGUGCCACGUGUGGGAAGAGCUUGACCAGCCUCUCUGUGCAGAGGAGGCAGCAGCCACACGGCUGCACAAGGUGUGGGAAGAGCUUGAGGCAGCCCUCCAGCCUGGCCAGGCACAGGUGCAUGCACAUACGGGAGAAGCGUCAUCCUUGCUCUGUGUGUGGGAAGAGCUUCAUCUCCUUGUCCAAACUGGCUCGACACCAGCUUAUCCACACACGGGACAAGCCACAUAAGUGCUCUGAAUGUGGGAUGAGCUUCGCCCAAUCCUGCAAUCUGAGCAAGCACCAGCGCAUCCACACAGGGGAGAAGCCACAUCACUGCUCUGUGUGUGGGAAGAGUUUCACCUACCCCUCCCACCUGGCCCGGCAUCAGCUGAUCCACGAGCGGGAGAAGCCACAUCAGUCCUCUGAGUGUGGGAAGCACUUCACCCAUUAUGCCAACUUGACCCAGCACCAGGGCACCUGCACCGGGGAGAAGCCACAUCAGUGCUCUGUUUGUGGGAAGAGUUUCACCUGGUCCUCCAACCUGGUCCGGCAUCAGCUGGUCCACACAGGGGAGAAGCCACAUCACUGCUCUGUGUGUGGGAAGAGCUUCACCCAAUCCUCCUCCCUGACCAAGCACCAGCGCAUGCACACUGGGGAGAAGCCACAUCGCUGUUCUGAGUGUGGGAAGAGCUUUGCCCAGUCCUCCUCCUUGACCAAGCACCAGCGCAUCCACACAGGGGAGAAGCCACAUCAGUGCUCUGUGUGUGGGAAGAGCUUCACCUGGUCUUCUGCCCUGGUCCGGCAUCAGCUGAUCCACACAGGGGAGAAUCCACAUCAGUGCUCUGUGUUUGGGAAGAGUUUCACCUCAUCCUACAGCCUGGUCCAGCAUCAGCUGAUCCACACGAGAGAGAAGCCACAUCAGUGCUCUGAAUGUGGGAAGAGUUUCAUCUGGUCCUCUGACCUGGCCCGGCAUCAGCUGAUGCACACGGGGGAGAAGCCACAUCAGUGCUCUGAGUGUGGGAAGAGUUUCACCUCGUCCUCGUCCUUGACCGUGCACCAGCGCAUCCACACCGGAGAGAAGCCGUAUCAGUGCUCUGAGUGUGGGAAGAGCUUUAGGUAUUCCUGCCACCUGGCUGAGCACAAGCGCAUCCACACAGGGGAGAAGCCGUAUCAGUGCUCUGUGUGUGGGAAGAGCUUUGCGCGAUCCUCCCACCUAGCCCAGCACCAGCGCAUCCACAAAGAAGAGAAGCCACGUCAUUGCUCUUAGCGUAGGGAGAGCUUCACCUACUCCUCCAGGUUGUGCCGAACACCAGUGCAUCUACACAGGGGAGAAGCUACAUGGGUGCCCUGAGUAUUGGAAAAGCUUCACCCAUCUCUCCCACCCCUCCUGGAAUCAGCACAUGCACACCCAGAAGCAUCCCUAGUUCUGCCAGCAGUGCAGGAAGGGCUUGGAGAUGUCUGCCUGCUCAGCACCCACCAGUGCUGCAUUCGGACAAGCACCCCCAUGCCGGUGGACUGCAGAAAGAUUUUGCUCAGGCUGUGCCCCUUGUAGGGAACAGUGGGAAUCCAGAGCCCAGAGGCUGGCCCGCAAGGAUUGAUUGUGGGGAGAGUCUAGGAAGAAACACCUCAGGUAGAAGUAAGCCCCCAUGCAGGGCAAGGAGAAGAGGAGGAAAUGAUCUUGCAUCAGCCUUGGAGCCUGUGCAUUCCCCAUCCUUCUCUAAAAGCAAAUAGUACUCGCAGGGAAAGAAGUAUCUUAACGGUAGGGUGCCCUCCCCAAGACAGCUGGCGUGAAAUGACACCCAGGGACUUUUGUUGGCUGCCUUCCAGCUUUCUCCUUCCUCCUGGUCCAGGGCUUCUGGCAUAUGAGCCCCUGAGUUGCAGGGAGGAGUGCAUUUUUGGCUGGGCAGAAUUCCCUACCCUCCUCCCUGACCUCGCCUUUCCUCACCCCACAUCACCCCUCUCCCAGACCUGCGCAUGCCCAGUGGGGUCUGCCAGGAGCUGCUACUGCCACCCCCUGAGGUGUUUGUUAGACCCCGACUCUAUGUGAUGCCCAAAACUAGGGAGGCAAUGGAUCGAUGCACAAGUUGCUUGUCAACUGCUUUAUUCCAAGUGGAGACAGCUUCGGGCCAGCUUCAAUAAACAGGGGAGCUGCAGUGAA